AUGUCUGCCGCUCCUCUCAACUCGGACCCCGUGGCCACCCCACCUCGUCCUCCGUCCCCCGUCCACAACUUCGGUACUCUGGCCGUCCACGCCGGUGCUCCACAUGACCCCGCCACCGGAGCCGUGAUCGAGUCUAUCUCUCUGUCUACCACCUUUGCUCAGUCCGCUGUUGGCAAGCCCGUCGGCGAGUACGAGUACUCUCGAUCCUCCAACCCUAACCGUACCAACUUCGAGACCGCUGUCGCUGCUCUUGAGCACGCCAAGUACGCUCUUGCUUUCUCCUCCGGUUCCGCCACCACCGCCACCAUUCUCCAGAGUCUGGCUGCCGGCAGCCAUGUCAUCUCCGUCUCCGAUGUCUACGGCGGUACCCACCGUUACUUCACCCAGGUUGCAAAGGCCCACGGCGUCAAGGUCACCUUCACACCAGAGAUCGAGGUUGACAUCGCCGAGCACAUCACCCCCGAUACUCGCCUGAUCUGGAUCGAGACCCCCAGCAACCCUACAUUGCGCCUCGUCGAUAUCCGAGCUGUCGUUACCGAGGCCCACAAGCAUGGCGUUCUCGUCGUUGUCGACAACACUUUCCUCUCUCCCUACGUCCAGAACCCUCUCGACUUCGGUGCCGAUAUCGUCGUCCACAGUGUCACCAAGUACAUCAAUGGCCACAGUGAUGUAGUUAUGGGUGUUGCUGCCUUCAACAGCGACGAGCUCAAGACUCGUCUGAGCUUCCUCCAGAACGCCAUUGGUGCUGUUCCCUCCGCCUUCGACUCCUGGCUCGCCCACCGUGGUCUCAAGACCCUGCACCUGCGAGCUCGCGAGGCUAGCCGCAACGCCGACGCUGUCGCUAGAGCUCUCGAGGCUUCUCCUCUGGUCAUUGCUGUCAAUUACCCCGGCCUUGACUCUCACCCCCACCGACAUAUCGCCAAGAAGCAGCACCGCGACGCCCUUGGCGGUGGUAUGCUUUCUUUCCGCAUCCAGGGUGGCCACGCUGCCGCUGAGCGCUUCUGCCAGGUGACCAAGAUCUUCACCCUCGCCGAGAGUCUGGGUGGUGUCGAGAGUCUUGUUGAGGUUCCCAGCAGCAUGACCCACGCCGGUAUCCCUCGGGAUCAGCGUGAGGCCGUCGGUAUCUUUGACGACCUUGUCCGUAUCAGCUGCGGUGUCGAGGACGCUCAAGAUCUCACCAACGAUGUCCUCCAGGCCCUCGAGAAGGCUACCUCUGCAGCCAAGGCCAACGGUGUUAACGGCUCCAACGGACACUAA